UUCGAAGAAAUCAUUCAAUUUAAAGUGAAUACUUAACCUUGAAGGUCAAUUGGUAGUUCUGGUUGAUAAAUUGAAGUUUCUCCCUUUAUAUUUCUGCUGAACAAGAAGAGUUUGUAAGUGAAAAAGACCAAAAUGUCCGAACCAUCACAAAUUUUGGAAGAAGCUAGAGUAGCUAGCUCUAAAGGCAAUUUCCAAGUUGCUGAGACCAAGUAUAAGUCUAUAAUUGCCACCAGGCCUUCGGAAGAUCAAGAUGAUACUAAAUCAAACAAUAAACUCUUACAAGAACAAGAGGCUGCCAUUAUAGAGUUGGGUAAGAUUUAUCAAGGAGAAGGCCAACCACAAGACUUGGCUCAAUUAAUUACUGAUUCCAGAAGUGUUUUAGGUAAUUUUGCCAAACUGAAAACUGCUAAGAUUGUCAGAACACUCAUUGAAGAUUUCGAUACCAUUCCUAAUGUUGUUGAUUUGCAAAUCCAAGCUAUUAAAGAAAGUAUCGAAUGGGCAGUUGCUAGUAAAUUAUCCUUUUUGAGACAAUAUUUGCAAUUGAAAUUAUCUUCUUCAUUAUAUGAGAAAGGAUUAUAUCAAGAAGCAUUAAAAUUAAUAACUGAUUUAUUAAGAGAAUAUAAAAAAUUAGAUGAUAAAUCUUCAUUAGUUGAAGUUCAAUUAUUAGAAUCUAAAAUUUAUCAUGCAUUAAGAAACAUCCCAAAAUCAAGAGCUGCAUUAACUAGUGCAAGAACAUCUGCCAACUCGAUCUACUGCCCUACAUUGUUACAAGCUGAAUUAGAUUGUCAAAGUGGUAUUUUGAACGCCGAAGAUAAAGACUAUAAAACUGCCUUUUCUUAUUUCUUUGAAUCUUUCGAAGGUUAUAAUAUGCAAGAAGAUUCUCGUGCAAUCGUUGUUUUGAAAUACAUGUUAUUAACCAAAAUUAUGUUGAAUUUAAUUGAUGAUGUUAAUUCUAUAUUGAAUAGUAAAAAUGUUCUUAAAUAUCAAUCUAAGGAUAUCGAUGCCAUGAAAUCAACAGCUACCGCGUAUGCCAAUAGAUCUUUGAAAGACUUUGAAAACUCAUUAAUUACUUUCUCUUCUGAAUUAAAAUCUGAUCCUAUCAUUAAAACUCAUUUCAAUGCAUUAUACGAUAAUUUAUUGGAACAAAACUUGUUAAAAAUUAUUGAAUCUUACUCAGUUGUCGAAUUAUCUCAUAUCUCUAAAAGCAUUGGUUUGAAUUUACAACAAGUUGAAGGUAAAUUAUCGCAAAUGAUUUUAGAUAAAGUUUUCUACGGGGUUUUAGAUCAAGGUAAUGGAUGGUUAAUCAUAUAUGAUGAACCAAGAAAAGAUGCUUCUUAUGAAGCUUCAUUGGAUUUGGUCAAAAAUUUAUCCAAUGUGGUUGAUUUAUUGUAUGAAAAAGCUUCCACUUUGAAUUAA